AUGGGGAUCAGAACACCUCAGAGUUUACUUUUGGACAAUUUAGUCCAAAAAAGAAAAAAAAAUAAUAGGAAUAUUAAAUAUAUUAAUAAAGGAUUAUACGAUGAUGAAACAUUAGAAUUGAUAUCAGGAUCCAGUUUUGAACGAGAACAAUUAUUACCUUUUGAUCAGCAAUUAUCUCAACAACCAUCACGAAAUGCUCUUGUGUUCUACAGUAGCUCAUUGAUUCGGCUAUGGUCAACUCUUGAACAAGACUUUUCUCACUACUCGGUUAUUAUUCGUGGCUUUGGGGAUUCAACAUUGAACGAAUAUGUUCACCAAUUUAAACGUCUUAUCUAUCCUGUUUAUCCUUUGAAAGCAAUCAUAUUUUAUGCUGGCGAAAAUGAUAUUGCCAGUGGUACACAGCCACUACAAGUCCUUCAGUAUUUUCGAGCCUUCAUCGCAAUUGCACGAAUCAAUUAUUUUAAACAACGUACUUUAAUACUGCUUGAUGUUAUGUUCGAUAUUGAAAACAUACAUUGGUGUGCUUAUUUUUUAAAUCCCAAAACUCGUCACUUAGCAGCUCAGAAUAUUGCUGCAUUAUUAACUAAUGAUGAAGCAACAGAUGCAUCACAAAAGAAUUCAACGGCACCACCCCCAUCAAAAAAACGAUGUUACAUGAAAAAACUUUAUAAUAAACCCACAACACAUAAUCAACCAAAAUUGAGUCCAAAAACUGUCAAUGAUCUUCUGUUUAAGCGAUUAUCAAUCUCUCAAAAACAACAAAUACGACAACAACGACAAAUCAGGCAAGAUUAUCAUAUAAAACAAAAAUUCAAACAACAAAAGAGAAACUCAAAUGAUAAAUUAGAACAAAAUUGA